AUGGCGGACACAGCUAGAACAACUCAUCACGAUAUCGUCGGCCGAGACCAGUACCCUAUAGUGGGUCGAGACCGAGACCAGUACGGCCUCCAGUACCGAGACCAGUACGGUCGUGGUGGUGACUACUCCAAGUCUAGGCAGAUUGCUAAAGCCGCUACUGCUGUCACCGCCGGUGGAUCCCUCCUUGUCCUCUCCAGCCUCACCCUUGUCGGAACAGUCAUUGCUUUGACUGUUGCAACUCCUCUCCUUGUUAUCUUCAGCCCAAUCCUCGUCCCUGCUCUCAUCACAGUAGCUCUCAUCGUCACCGGAUUCCUCUCUUCCGGUGGGUUUGGCAUUGCUGCUAUCACCGUCUUCUCUUGGAUGUACAAGUAUGCAACGGGAGAGCACCCACAGGGAUCAGACAGGCUGGACAGUGCAAGGAUGAAGUUGGGAAGCAAAGCUCAGGAUCUUAAAGACAGAGCUAGCUACUACGGACAGCAACAACAUACAGGUGAGCACGACCGUGACCGCACCCGUGGCACCCAGCACACCACUUAA